CCAUGUGAAGUCCACCAAGGCCAGAGAAGAAGAACUACUUCCGCCGUGACGUAUUUUUUCAUUGGUAAUGGCGGUCGCGAACAGGGUGGAUUUUAAACAAUUCAACUGUCACAACUGUCGGGCCUUCUGCCGCUUUGACCAGAUAUGUCGCUCUCAGCCGACGAAAACGAAGGAAGCGUGCUCCUAAUGGAGGACGAAGACAGCAACGGGAAAGACACCGACGUGCCUGAAGUUGCUCAGCUCCGUUUGAAGGCGGCGUCGCUGAAACAAGAACUGAAAGAGUGCCGCGCAGAGCUGGCCAAGCUACAGAAGCAACUGAGCCACUCCGAGCGGCUCCAGAAGAGCACAGAGAGCUUUAACGAAGACCUCAGAAAACAGGUUGACCAGCUGAGUGCAGAGAUUCAUGAGCGGAAGAAGAAAGAUAAAGACCGAGUAAACACUGAAACUCAGACAGAAGAUUAUGUAUGGACAGAAGCAGAUUAUUACAAUUACUACUAUGGAGGCUACUGUCAGAACAUGGAAGGGGUGCAGCCAGAGGAAACGGUGAACCCUGUGACGGCUGCAGCUGAAGAAGCAGCGGUGGAUGUGACUGAUUAUAGUGCUGCAGCUGAGGUUGUGACAGCAAAUGAAGCAGCAGUCACAGAUGUGUCGGUGCCACAGGAAAACAGUGAUGUCGUGGUGACUGAGGAGGGUGAUGGAGGAUCCAUAGCUGAUAUUCUGAGAGCCACAGCUGAGCAGGCCAUGACCCAGACUGGAUUUGUGUUUGAUGAAACAUCUGGCAUGUAUUAUGACCACAGCACCGGCUUCUACUAUGAUUCGGCCAGUCAGUUGUAUUAUGAUGCCAGCACAGGUAUGUACUACUACUACGAUGCAGAGAGUGGACGGUAUCAGUUUCACUCCAGGAUCGAGAUGCCUGCUGCACAAAACAGUAACGAGCCUAGCCAAGAAGCGUACGACACUGACAAGAAAUGGAGAAAGUUCAAAAAAGUGAUCAAGAAGCCUCCACAUCAGGAUGAUAAGGAACUCAAAUCUGACGACGCAAAGCACACAAAAGAAGAAACCGACCAGGUCGAAUCUAAAAAACCGCACCGCAGGUCCCGCAGCCCAAAAACAUCUCGAAGUAAAAAAGACUCUUCUAGACACCGUGAAGAAAGGGACCGGUCGUCGUCGAAGAGAAAGAAGCUCAAAAACGGCUCGCACCACGAGGAUAGAGGCAGAUCGCGAAAGAAAAGAAAGAAAUCCAAGUCGGAAAAGCACAGAAAGAAGAAGAGCCAGACUCGUAGUGACGAGUCGGGCAACAGCGAACCAGAGGAGGGGGAGCUGACAGAGUCAGAAAGGGAAGACGUGGAAUCCACCCCUUCGCCGCCAUCAUCUGUUUGUUCAAAAAAGUCCAGGGAAAGUCCAGCGAAUGAGGUGGAAGUGCAGGCUCCAGAAGCAAUAAAAAGCUUUUGGCCUCCCUGCGUCAGAGUGACAGUGGUCAGAUCUCCAGUGCUGCAGGUGGGAACUCUGUUCAUCAUCACGGCUGACUCUCAGGCCACGUUCGGCAGGGAGAAAGAUAUGGACCAUGCAGUUCGAAUCCCAGAAAUGGGAGUCAGCAAGUUCCACGCAGAGGUGUAUUUUGAUCAGGAACAGCAGGGCUACAUGCUAGUGGACCAGGGGAGCCAAAACGGAACAGUUAUCAAUGGCAACCGCAUAUUGCAGCCAAAAACCAAAUCAGAGCCACAUCUGCUGACACACGGUGAUGAGGUCAAGAUGGGCGAGACUGUGCUGUCCUUCCAUAUCCACUCAGGAACAGACACCUGUGAUGGGUGUGAGCCGGGUCAAGUGAUGGCUCACCUCAGCAAGUACAAGAGAGAAGAGAGCACUGGUCCUGGCCUUAGCAAAGAGGAUAAAGAGUCACUGAGACAGAAAGAGCUGAAGCAGAUGAAGGCUAAAUAUGGCCUGCAAAGCACCGAGUUUGAAGAGGGCAAAGCGCUGAAGAACCCCAGGUAUAAGGACAGGGCCGAGUCUCGGCGACAGACUGUGGGCAGCGAGGGAGUUUUCCAGCGAGAUGACGCUCCGGCUUCAGUACACGAGGAAAUCAGUGAAGUCAAUAAAGGCCGGAAAAUGUUAGAAAAGAUGGGCUGGAAAAAAGGAGAGGGACUGGGCAAAGAGGGAACAGGAAUGAAGAACCCGAUUGAGCUGAAAAUCAGAAAGUCUCAGUCGGGGUUGGGAGCAGGUGCUGUCACCUCUGUGGAUGACAUGUCCAUGAUCAGAUCCAAGUCUCAUAAAAACUGGGAGAAAGCACGUGAACGGUUCGCUGACACGUACCAAACUGACUUGGUGUGUACUACAACCCAGAAGAACCCGUCUCCUAAAGCCUGGGUGAAAUCAGAGGAGACGGAGGCGACACAACCGGGCGUUGAAACAGCUAGCAGCGAUAGCUGAACAUGGCGCUGAUUUAGGAUGUGUUUGAGAGGAAGGCCCCAAAAGGUGAUGUUUUUAUUUACUGAGACCUAAACAAAACACCAGUAAAGACUGAAAAUACCAGCGGGCCUGUAUUUUUUUUAUUGUUAGCUAAAGACAUGACCAGUUGUUAGGUUUUUUUUUUGUCAGUAUAAACACUUAAUUAUUGCUAUGAAUCAAAAAAGUUUGUAAAAGUUCUGUAAUCUAUUUUCUUGUGGUCUGUGUGGAAAAUACUGAGUAAACUCUAGAAGAAACAGCUCAGUGGCUCGUUCUGACCCUCAUAAAGCUGAUCUGCUGCCGCUGCUGCUGUGGCUCCCUCAGUGCAACGAGAACACGAGCCGCCUCGAGCAAAUAUUGACAAUAGAGUUAUAUUUCUCACAAUGAGAGCAUACUGCUACGGGACGACUGAUUCUUUAAUGACCGAAUCCCAACAGGUCAUGUAACCAAUCACCACAAGCUGCUUUUUUAAACAAACCUGACAUUAAAUUGUAAACAGUCGUAACUUCUUGGUUCUGUUUGAUCCUUCUUUUUUAAGAAUCAAUCAGAUGACAACUUUCCCAUUGAUAGCUAAAGCACAUAUCCACAUUCUUGUAAGUUCAGUGAGCAAACACUCCACCGCCCCUCUGAGCUCAGCUUUAUCUACAACUGGGGUUUGAGGGCGUGUGAGUAUUUGAACACUCAAACUGAACCAAAUACAAAGCAAACGCUAUCUAGCUAGUCAGUGUAGCGUGUGGUUUGUAAUGUUUGGACAUUUCUUUUGUGACUUACAAUAAUGCUAAACUUUAAAUGUAUGAAAGAAUUAUAAAGUUUAAAUUUUUAAUGCUAUAAUCGGCCCCAAACUGGUGAGGUGACUCACGUGAUAGAUUUGGAGAGCCUCCUUGAGUUUGAUCGCUUGACGCUCUUCUUUUGACUUAAAUUGCCACCCAUUUUGAGACACAAUCCCUCUCUCAGCUAGUCGGCAUAUUCUGCAGCUCCCUGACAGUUCAGCAGGUAAAAGUGGUGCACUGCUGUCAGAUUUCUCUCUUGACAGGCGGACCCUCCCUUCUUUGCUCACAAGUCUCCUCCUUCAGCAUAACUGCUCUUGGUUUGUGAUCCUGUGGUGUAAUAAGGCUGUGACAGGUCAGCUUUGUUUCCCUGUUGUUUGGGGUAGAAAGUCUUAACCAUAAAAGAUGUUAGUCAUGAGAUAAAGUGGGAUGUGCCUUUACCAGUUCCUAACAAGAACACUGGUUCACUGUUUUUCAUAUACUCUCCAUUUGAUAUUUUUUAGAAGUCGUGUGCAUAGCAUCAAAUAGAUUUAUGCUCACGUUUUUGCAUGCCAAAUGACAAAAUGUGUUUUUUCCAUAAAAAAUCCAUUUUAGUUUC